AUCACGUGAUCAUACCGGGUAUGGCGACUCUGGAAGAUAAAGCAAUUUGGGAAGACGGAGAAGAGAGUUUGGGAGAGCAGAUAUUGAAAUUGAAUACAGAUGAAAUAGUUACAAGGACCAAACUUCUUGAAAAUGAAAUCAAGAUUAUGAAAAGCGAGAUUCUGAGGAUAAAUCAUGACCUAACAGCAACUAAAGAAAAAAUAAAAGAAAACACAGAAAAAAUAAAAGUCAACAAAACUCUUCCAUACCUGGUUUCAAAUGUUAUUGAGUUGCUGGACAUGGAACCCCAGGAUAGUGGGGAGGAGGAUGGAGCCAAUAUUGAUCUCGAUGCUCAACGGAAGGGCAAGUGUGCUGUGAUAAAGACAUCCACCAGACAGACAUAUUUCCUGCCAGUCAUAGGCCUGGUUGAUCCAGAAAAACUGAGCCCAGGAGACAUUGUGGGUGUUAACAAGGAUUCUUACUUGAUUCUUGAAACCUUACCACAAGAGUAUGAUUCAAGAGUAAAGGCUAUGGAAGUGGAUGAAAGACCUACAGAACAGUACUCAGAUAUUGGUGGUCUAGACAAACAGAUUCAAGAGCUCAUAGAAGCUGUAGUAUUGCCAAUGACACACAAAGAGAGGUUUGAAACUCUUGGAAUCCAACCACCCAAAGGUGUGUUAUUGUAUGGAGCCCCAGGUACAGGUAAAACAUUACUGGCCAGGGCCUGUGCUGCACAGACAAAAUCAACGUUCCUCAAACUGGCAGGACCACAGCUGGUACAGAUGUUCAUUGGAGAUGGAGCCAAGCUAGUCAGAGAUGCUUUUGCUCUAGCUAAAGAAAAACAGCCAGCAAUUAUAUUUAUUGAUGAGUUGGAUGCAAUAGGAACAAAACGAUUCGAUUCUGAGAAGGCUGGUGACAGAGAAGUCCAGAGGACAAUGUUGGAGCUUCUGAACCAGAUGGAUGGGUUUCAACCAAAUGCCCAAAUCAAGGUGAUAGCAGCCACCAAUAGAGUGGACAUUCUGGAUCCUGCUCUUCUGAGGUCAGGGAGGUUAGACAGAAAGAUAGAAUUCCCCCACCCCAAUGAAGAGGCCAGGGCCAGAAUUCUACAGAUUCACUCCCGUAAAAUGAACGUCAGCAAAGAAGUGAAUUUUGAGGAAUUGGCCAGAUGUACAGAUGAUUUCAAUGGUGCCCAGUUGAAAGCAGUAUGUGUGGAAGCGGGUAUGAUAGCAUUAAGGCGAGAAGCCACAGAGCUGGAUCAUGAAGACUAUAUGGAUGCUAUCAUUGAAGUGCAAGCCAAGAAGAAGGCAAAUCUGAUGUAUUAUGCUUAGAGACAUUGAGAGAACUGUGUUGUAUUUGAGAUCUGGGAACUGUUCUGCCUGUAAAAAACAAUUACCAAUAUUCAUUUUUGAUGGAACCAUUAUGACUGGAUGUUUAAUAUGUAUGUCAAUAAAAUGUCAAAAAUUUCAGAA